AGGCACCGCAAUUGGUUAACAAGAGGAUCAUGCUCAGCUCUCUGGACGCGCUGGCUGGUAAAAUAGCCAAAGCGACGCCGGGCACCGGCGCCGUGACGGCCAAUGCCACAGGCAAUAAGCCAACAAAUAAUGCACACCAUCCGGCGCAUCAGCAUCAUCAUGGUACACGGCACCAGCUGGACUAUGACUAUUCAGCUGUUGAGAUCGAACCACCUGCCGAACAAUUGGCCAAUUCGCCGCGCAGCGAACGUGAAAGAUUGCAGCAGGCGCAGCAUGCUUACGAACAGCAGGCGCAAGCGGAGCUAGAGUUCGGGCUGGCCGAUGUGGAUACGAAAAGCUGUUUAACACUGUUAACGCAUCGACGUAGCAGCCAAAAUGUGCACCUGCUCAAUCAUAGUGCACAGGCGGGCAAAUCGAGUAACGGUCAUGCGCCUGUCAGACAUCAGCAGCAGCAUUAUCAUCAUCCCUAUCAGCGACCGUUGCGGCCAGUCUCACCUGCGGUGCAGCAGCAGCAUCAGCAACAACAGCAACAGCAGCAACAACAACAGCAGCAGCAGCAGCAGCAACAACAGCAACAAUCACAGCAACAUAGUCCGCAGACGCAGCAACAGCAGCAAUCGCCAUAUCAGCAACAAUUAACACAUUUGGCCGCGCUGCAGGAUCAUCAUCAGGAACUGCUGCAAUCACAGCAGGAACUGUUCCACAAACAGCUGAUCAACUUGCAACAGCAACAGGAAAGAGAACGUCAGGCUGCCGUUAAUUAUAAUGAUAGCUGCAACAGCGACCACGACUCACAGCAUGAGUUCAAAAUUUGCCUGAGGGAUAGUGCAUUUGGUAUGAGCGAUAAGAGUAGCAGCGCCACCAAUAGUCUACCGAAUAGUCCUAUACAUAGCAACAAUAACAAUUCGUCGCUGCUCAAUAACAACAACAACAGCAGCAACAGCAAUAACAACGCCAACUUGGUGGCCAGCAAUAACUCGCUAGCAGGCACCCCCUUUGGUAACGGCAAUAACACCAACAAUACCAACAACAACAACAGCAGCAGCAACAACAACAACAUCAUGUCAAGCAGCUUGAUGAACAACAACAACAAUUCGUGCAGCGCUAAUCGCAAUGUUGUUGUUAGCAUGGAUGACGAUUCAUGCUAUCGCCUGGAUCCAGACACAGCCGUUGUCACCUACGGCGAAAAGGAGCCCGACCCGGAUAACAUUAAGAUGUUUGUGGGCCAGGUGCCCAAAUCGAUGGACGAGGCGCAGUUACGCGAAAUGUUUGAGGAAUAUGGCCCAGUGCACUCGAUAAAUGUGCUGCGUGACAAGGCCACAGGCAUAAGCAAAGGCUGCUGCUUUGUGACAUUUUAUACGCGUCGCGCCGCACUGAAAGCUCAGGACGCACUGCACAAUGUGAAAACGCUGAGUGGGAUGUAUCAUCCCAUACAGAUGAAGCCCGCCGAUAGUGAAAAUCGCAAUGGUAAGUUCAAGAUAUAUUUUAUCAAA